AUGGAGCUUCAAACUUUGGUAUUAACGUAUUUCAUAGUGGCUUUGGUUGUUGUUGUUGUUCAACCUGGGAAUGGUGCAGGCUUCGUUGAAAGAAAAGGCACUCAUUUUUAUCUAAAUGGGAAACCACAUUAUGUGAAUGGAUUCAAUUCUUAUUGGUUAAUGAACUUGGCAACUGACCCAUCUACAAGAUCUAAGGUUACUUCAACUUUUCAACAAGCUUCUCAAAAUGGUUUAAAUCUAGGAAGAACAUGGGCUUUCAAUGAAGGAUUCCUUCAAACCUCUCCGGGUUCUUACGACGAAAAUGCCUUCAAGGGUUUGGAUUUUGUAAUUUCAGAGGCAAAAAAAUAUGGAGUACAACUUAUACUAAGUUUGGUGAAUAAUUGGGAAGAGUUUGGAGGCAAAAUUAAAUAUGUUCAAUGGGCAAAAGGACGUGGCCAAAAUGUAAUAAAUGAUGAUGACUUUUUUACUCAUCCUGUUGUUAAGGAAUACUACAAAAAUCAUGUUAAGACUGUGCUAACAAGAGAAAACACAAUAAAUGGUAUUUUAUACAAAGAUGAUCAAACUAUAUUCGCAUGGGAGCUUAUGAAUGAGCCUCGUUUAAAUGGCUCAGGAAAAUCAAUUCAGAAUUGGAUAAGUGAAAUGGCGAGUUAUGUGAAAUCCAUUGACAACAAUCAUUUGGUGGAAAUAGGACUUGAAGGUUUCUACGGUGAAACAAAGCAGCAGUUCAACCCGGAUUCACUUCUAGUCGGAACUGAUUUUAUAUCCAACAACCAAAUUCCUCAAAUUGAUUUUGCAACCAUUCACCUGUACCCUGAUCAAUGGUUACUAGGCUCAAACGAGGCAAACCAGAGUGCAUUUGUUGACAAAUGGAUAGAAGAACAUAUUCAGGACAGUAAAAAUGUACUAGGAAAGCCAAUAAUUGUAGCAGAGUUUGGAAAGUCUUCAAAGUCACCUGGAUAUAGCAUAGAUGCUAGGGAUGAUUACUAUAAGAAAAUAUACAAUAUUAUAUCUGCAAGUGCUACUAGCGGUGGAUCUUGUGCAGGUGGGAUUUUCUGGCAACUUCUGUCUCAAGGAAUGGGUAGCUAUGGAGAUGGUUAUGAAGUUAUUUUGGAGAAUAGCCCAUCAACUGCACAGAUCAUCAAACAACAAUCUACCAAGAUGUCAAAUAUCAAAAUAUAG